CUCGUCUCCAACCCUGGCCAGCAGCGAGUGUCUCCCUUUGUAAAUAAAUUAUGGUAUUUUUCCUGGCGAGAAAAGCCCCGAAGCGCUGCGAGUAAGGGCCACCCCGCCAAGGGCCGUCAUCUGUACAAGGUGUGGAGGCAGGGAGUCGCAAGGGCAAAAUGUCAACAAAAGUGGCGUUGCGUCACCGUGGCGGCGCUAGUCGAUAGGCCUUCGGGUGAUCGCCGUCGUCGCCUCCUGCGUCUCGAGCCGUGGACGGGAGCCGCACACGAUGACGGGCUCCCAUCGCGUGGUGCUGCUGGCGUGCGGCUCCUUCAACCCGCCGACCAACAUGCACCUCAGGAUGUUCGAAAUUGCACGGGAUUUUCUUCACAGAACUACAAAUUAUAAUGUAGUAGCGGGCUUGAUAUCCCCAGUCCAUGACAAAUAUGGGAAGGAGGGUUUAGUAAAUGCAAGUGAUCGUAUACAGAUGUUACGACUAGCGCUGAAUUCCUCGUCAUGGGUACACGUGAGUGAGUGGGAGACACAACAGGAUGAAUGGACUCCAACACGAGAAGCUGUUCAGUACCAUCAGAAUUUGAUUCAGUCCACUUUGCGCAAACUGGGCAACUCCUCCAUCAGUGUAAGGAGACAUGGACGGGAGUUGGUGGACUCUGUGGUCAAUGGAAAUGUGGAUCCCACAGUGAAGCGACAACGCCUUGACAGCAGCACAUCAUGGCUGACACACCUAGCAGGCUCGACAGAUCCUGUCUCCGUUAAACUUCUCUGUGGUGCUGAUCUUUUAGAGUCUUUUGCACGACCAGGCCUUUGGAAGGAUGAGGAUAUAGAAGCUCUGGUUGGAAAAUAUGGAAUUGUUGUGAUAACACGAGAAGGCAGCAAUCCCUACAAGUUUAUAUACGAGUCUGAUGUGCUAACUAGGCAUCAGAAAAAUAUCCACAUUGUAACUGAAUGGAUCACCAAUGAAGUGAGCUCUACAAAGGUUCGCCGAGCCCUGAGACGUGGCGAAAGUGUCAAGUAUCUAGUGCAAGACAGUGUCAUAGACUAUAUCUACAAGAAUGCCUUGUACAACACACACAACAAGUGAGUGUUGGCGCACAUAGGAUCACAUUAUUUUAAUUAUUUAAAUGCACUUUCCAUGUUGCUUAUUCUACUUUCAAUGUUGCUUUAUUAUCAUUCUCUGCACUCCAGCCUAGUCAAUUCUUAGGCAUCUAUCUGUCCCACUGUUGCAGGACUGUGUUCAGCUACAUGUAAGCAAAAGAAAGAUAUUGUUGCAAUGUUUAUAGUUGGAUUUUAGACUUGGUUAGAGGUAUUACUAGGCAAUUCAGAUUUGCAAAUUCAUUGAAAUUGUAUGUGUAACAUUGUGGCAAUAUUUUCUAUAUCCCUAUAAUUUAGCUUUAAGAAGCCUUUUGCAGUAUAGAGGGUGAAUACUUUCAACUAUGGUAUUGUAUGAAAAGGUUAGAGCGAGUGGGAGAAAUAAGCAUGUUUGAGUAAGAGAACAUCUUUGUGUGUGUGUGUGUGUGUGUGUGUGUACAUGCACAUGUAUGUGUCUAUGUGUGGAUAAAAGUGUUUGGGUGUGUUUUGCACAUUUGUAUGUUCUGUGUAUACAUGUGUAAUGUUUGUGAACCACUGUGCACAUGCAUUUUUCCAAACAGGCACUUGCAAACAAAUAUAUAAGUAUAUAUGUAAGCCAAGGUACAAAUGUAUGUUUGAACCUUGACUUACAUUUAUACAGUCUAUAUGAAUCCAGUAUUUAAGGAUUAAAGAGUAUACAGUUUUUAAUUGUGAAUAAUUUUAUGAUUAACUUUAAUGAAUAGAAUUUUUAUUAGGCCAGAUUAGACAUACAGUGGAUAAUAAUAGUUUCCUUUUGGUCAACAUAAUGAUAGACCCUUGUCAUGUACGUGAUAAAUACCAAACCCAUCUUGCUCUUAAGACCACAUUGCAGGUUACCAGAUGUACUUUUAAAGUACCUCUAAAAAUCUCCAAUUACUGUCCCAAAAUUAGUUAAAUAAUUAAACAUUUAAUUUUGUGGAUCAACCCUCUUGUUGGAAUAUUUUGACAUCUCUUAUAUUUGAAAAUACUACAGAGUCAAGCAAAAAGAGAGUGUGUGCGUGCAUGCGUGCGUGCCUGCUUGUUUGCUUGUGUGUGUAUGUGGGUUGAUGCGUGCGUGUGUGCAAAUAUAUGCAUGUACGUAUGUAUGUAUAAAAGCAAGUAGACCUAAUUCUUCUACCUAUAUACAUGUGUAUGUAUUUGAUGACUUCUGCAGAGGUGUAGCAAAAACAAUUCUAGCAUAAUUUAUCUUAAAAAAAAGGUGACAUCUUGCUCAUAGUAAUGCUCAAGGCAGGGAAGGUUCCAUGAUUUGCCUUUUGGUUCAUAGAUAUUCACAGUAAAUGAUAAUUAUCCUUACCUCUAGUGCAGUUCUGGAACCCAUUUUAGUAAUAGACACAAAAAUGCUUUCAGUAUUUAACCUUUAGUUUUUCUUACCUUGAAUCAAGGAAACAUAUUUUUUUAUGUACAUAAGCUGAAUACUGUUUUAUUUAUGUAAAACACUUUUUUUUCUAUGGUAAUAAAAUUUAGGCUUCUUAAA